AUGAGUAACGUACGCUGCAACGAGCCGUCCCCGACGGCAACCACAUCCCUCGCUACCAAGGACACGGAAGCCGACACCGGGCCUUCGAUUGCGCCGGUCCAGCAGCAGCCAGCGAUGCAAUCGAGCAAUAAUAAAGGUACGCCCUGCCGGAUCAACGGCGUAAAGGGGUACCAGAAUCGUACCAAUAGUAUUAUCUACUGUCCGCCAUUGUUGCGUGGCAACACGCCGAAAGAUAAGUGCAGUGCCAUCGUUUACUUCGGCGGUGAUGUACAGGACAUCCCGGAAAAGAUGGAAUCGAACCGGGAUAAUAAGAACUACAUCAAAUGGAACCUGGAGAAUACGGCACUGCUGUUGCGAGAAUCGUUCCCCCAGUCGCACAUCGUGGUCGUGCGCCCGAUGCGGAUGGAAUACAGCACGUUCAGCUGCUUCGACAACUUUGUGCGGGGCAAUAAUGCCGGCAUACCAGACCACACGCCCAUGCACUACUCGCUGCAACAUCUGGAAGAGCUGCUAAUAAAUCUAACGAAAAAGCUAACUAAACCUAUCCUGGAUCAGGAUUUCCUGCAUAAGCUGCUGAGCGCUUCCAGCACCAAGGGUUACGGUAGUGACGUACCAUGCAAACAGAACAAUGUCGAUAUCUUGCAGAGCAAUAUUUACGACGGAUCCAACAACGACACAACCGAACCCGAUCUGGCCGAGCUGUUGUGGUGGCGUGAAAAUUUGAACCUCGACAAGGCCAGUCUGAAGCUGAUCGGGUUCAGCAAAGGGUGUGUGGUGCUGAACCAGUUCAUCUACGAGUUUCACUACUACAAAACGCUCACGCCGGACGACAGCACCAUGAUGCGGCUGGUGUCGCGCAUCACCGACAUGUACUGGCUGGACGGUGGGCAUGGCGGCGGUAAGAACACCUGGAUCACCUCGCGCAGCCUGCUGGAAACGCUCUGCAGGCUGUGCAUCAAUGUGCACGUGUACGUAACACCAUAUCAGAUCCAGGACGACCAUCGUCCGUGGAUACGGAAGGAGGAGAAAGCGUUCACCGAUCUGCUGAAGCGGCUCGGUGGUGCAUUCGAUCGUCACUUGUACCCGAGCGAAGCGAACUCCACCAACCUGUACACGCACUUCGACCUGCUGAACCGAUUUCGGCAGCAUCAUAUCAGUCUGUUCUCGCAACAGCUGCACCAGACGGUGCAGCAACAGGUUCCGCUCGUGCAGCAACAGCACAACACCGGCACCGGUAACUAUCCACGACCACCGCCGGACGGUAACGAUGAGCCGGGAAGCGAUACGGGCGGGCAGGACGAGUAUACCACGGUCGGUGGUGAAACCACCCUCGUCAAGGAUGCGUCGCUCGAGGGUGAAGGUAUGGUUGGUGAGGUCGAGGACGAGGAUGUACCGAUGCCGGCAGUCACAGCGAUGGAGACGGGCGACGAUCAGGGUGAUAGCGACGUGCACGACAACUGA